UCUGUUUUGAACCUUGCAGAUAAAACAAUGCGUAAUACCACACGAAAUGGGUUUCAUAAGCCUGAGGAGUUAAAGAUUCCUGUUUCUUAUCGAGGUGGACAAAAUGGGUUUGAGCAUUCAAAUGGAUCUUCUGUCCCAACGUCAAAGGAUGAGGCAGGUAAAGCUGGGUCACAAGAUCAAAUGGUGCGGAAUUGUCAGGGUUUUCCACCUCAGAUGCCAUGCUUUCCUGGGGCUCCUUGGCCUUACCCGUGGAAUUCAGCUCAGUGGAGCUCCCCUAUACCUCCACAUGCUUUCUGCUCUCCAGGCUUUCCCAUGCCUUUCUAUCCUGCGGCAGCUUACUGGGGUUGUACUGUACCAGGCACAUGGAAUGUCCCUUGGCUUCCUCAGCCUUCCUCUCCAAAGAAAACUGCCCCCAGUUCUGGUCCUAAUUCGCCCACCUUGGGAAAACAUUCAAGAGAUGAGAACAUGGGCAAACUAAGCAACUCUGGAGAAGAGGAGCCAGUAAAAGAAAAUAAUGCUGAGAGAUGCCUUUGGAUUCCAAAAACAUUGAGGAUCGAUGAUCCAGGAGAAGCGGCAAGGAGCUCAAUAUGGGCAACACUCGGCAUUAAGAAUGACAAACCUGAUUCAAUAGGUAGUGGAGGACUCUUCAAAUCAUUUCAAUCAAAGGGUGAUGAGAGGAAUCAGGUUCCUGAAACCUCUCCAGUCUUGCAAGCAAAUCCAGCAGCAUUGUCUAGGUCAAUAAACUUCCAUGAGAGCUCAUAAUGUAAAUUAUGACUCUAAUUGGUUUAUGGUGUUGCAUACAGCUUGGUGGUGUUAAUUAUUAGACACAAAGUCAGUCCAACUUCGUUAGUAGCUGGGGUCAUAUUCAUUCACGUUCCCCUCUUUAUAACCAACUCUCAAAGCAGGCCAACUGAGGAAAACAGAAGAAGAGUUCCUGUCAUAUCCUUUGAAGGCAGAGUGUUUAGCUGAAGUAGAAACUGAUUUUUAUCUUUUUCCUUUUUGUUUAUGGGGUUCCGUUUUUUCGCCAAUGCCGGUAUGAGCAGGUGUUUUUUGUUUUCAGUUAGAUGGUUUGCGAGUUCUGUACAUAAAUAUAUAUGAAAUGGUGAGGUAGGAUAAAGUAAGUUUCUGUACUAUAAUCCCAGUUGUAUUUAAAUAAAAAUGGGAACUGAAGUCAAUCUUUUUAUUCG